AUGUUCCAAUUGAAACCCUGCGGUUGCACACCGUCGUGCGAGAACGAGUCUUCCCCUCGCGCCCCAAAUCCAGAAAGAAAGAAAAAAUGGUUUAUCCGUAUAUCGAGUUUGAUAGCCUCACUCGUCUGUGUCAUGAUUCGGUUUGUGCUCCCACGCCGUCCUGAUACGCCAGAAAAAGAGGCAAACCUUGAUCAUCGGCAAAACGCCGAGUCACCAUGUAUCCGUAACCCCAAGAUCCGCGCCUCCUCCUUGGGUCAGAGGCCUCGAUUCCUCGGCCGAGUCAGACAUACAUUGAGGGGAGACGCGGCGAGUUUACCCCUCGAGAGCAAAAAUGAAUCAGUGCCGCGGGUGCCAGCAGAGGCCAAAGUGACAAAUCAUUGA